AUGGCCAGUGAUCCACAGAAACAAGGCUCAGGCAAGUUGUAUGACUACACUGAAGGGAAUGGUUAUCCUGGUGACCAGCAAGCACUGAGGUUACGAAGGAUUUCAUCUCCAGCGUCCAGUCAGAAUUACCCCCAGUUCAACUGGAGCUCGGCACCCUCAGAGGAGGAUGAGAACGGUAACAGUGAACCACACCGGGACCUCAGGAGUGCCCCAUUGCCCAUGGCACUAAAAAGAGCUAUAAGACAGGUGCAGCAGAUGCAUGUGCCCGUGGUUUCCAGUGUGGAGUCCUGGAAAAGGAAAAAGACCAAAUCUCUGCAUAAACUCAAAGACAAUGCCAGGGGAUUUCUCACACUGUGGAACAAGUCCUUGCAAAAGAUUGGAGGGAACUUCGGCGGUGGUGUCCAGUCUUACUUCCUUUUCCUGCGAUUUUUGGUGGUGCUCAAUUUUGUUUCCUUCUUAUUGAUUGCUGGAUUUGUUCUUAUCCCCAACAUUGUCUUCAGAUCUGAUGGGACAAGCCUUGCUAACAGCACCGGUCCAGAGAAGUGCAUGGAGUAUGACCCUAAUCCUCAAGGCUUGGUGGUGUUCUACAAGUACUUCCUUGACUUACUUUCAGGAACGGGUUUUAUGGAAUAUUCAUACCUGUUUUAUGGCUAUUACAACAACACACUGGGGGAGGACAGAAACUUCUCCUACAACAUCCCCCUGGCCUACCUCUUCACCGUGGUCUUCUACUUCAUCUUUUGUCUCAUUUGUAUCAUAGCACGCAUGGGAACUGCAGCUCGAGUUGCUGUGGCAACAGGAGGCAGCACUGUGGCCAACUACAGUAUGAUAGUGUUUACUGGCUGGGACUACGGUUGCUUGGGAGGCAAAGCUACCAAACUGAAGCAGAACAACAUCCACUACCGGCUACAGGUGGAUCUAGAAGAGGAGAGAAUAAAGAAGCAGGCAGCUGCUCUGACCUCAUGUCAAAAAGUUGUUUUAUACUCUCUACGUGUCUUAAUGUUUUUAAUAUCAUGUGGGCUCAUUGGAGCAGCCUUCUACUGCAUCUUUUUGGCCACCAACUUCAGCCAGCAAAGAAGUGGGGAGCAAGGGAUCCUGGGUUUAAUUUUUGAGUACCUACCCUCCAUUGUCAUCACUGCUGGAAACUUCCUGGUGCCUCUGCUGUGCGACCAGAUCGCCUUAAUAGAGCGUUAUGCCCCUAGCACUACAGUCAUAAUGGCACUAUUAAGGGCAGUAUUCCUGCGUCUGGUGAGUCUGGGUGCUCUGCUUUUCACUCUGUGGCGUCAGAUCACCUGUGAGGGGCACACAGACAGCGGAGCUUGUGAAUUGUGCCAAUACAACCAUGAAGUAUACCCGUGCUGGGAAACACGUGUAGGACAAGAGAUGUACAAGCUGACACUGUUUGACUUUCUCAUCAACGUCGCUGUCCUCGUCCUGGUGGAGUUUCCACGGAGGAUGGUGGUGGACAACUGGCCCAGUAAGUUGGCUCAGUGGGUGGGUCGGCAAGAGUUUGUGGUCCCUUACAAUGUACUCAGCCUGGUUUAUGGUCAGACUGUGGUUUGGACAGGAGCUCUUUUUUGCCCUUUGCUUCCACUCAUCAACACCAUUAAGUUUGUCAUCCUCUUCUACUGCAAAAAGAUCACGCUCUUUUAUAACUGUCGACCAGCACUGAAGACGUUUCGUUCUACCACCUCCGCUUUCUUUUUCUUGGUGGUACUUCUGUUUGGCUGGAUCCUGGCCACAGCUGUCAUGAUUUACAGUCUGGCUGAGAUCCGUCCUUCAAUGGGUUGUGGGCCCUUCCGUUUCCUAUCCAACAUUUGGUCCAUUGUUCCAACCUCUUUCUAUAGCCUUUCUACAACCACACAAGAGUUUCUCUUCUUCAUAGGCUCCCAGGCAUUCACCAUCCCUCUGUUUGUGUUAUCUUGUGUGGUCAUGUGCUAUUUUAUAGCCCUAGCUUCUGUCUAUGGGAAAAAUGUUGCUCUGCUGAGAGCUCAGUUGAAACUGGAGGGCCGCGACAAGCAGUUCCUUGUCAAGCAAAUUGCGGAGCUGAGCCGACAACUUCAGAUACCAAAACAUAAUGGAGUGCAAGACUGCAGAUAACAGAUUGUAUGGACAAUAUUUAGUUUUUAUGACCUUUUUUUUUACCUUAAGCGUGAAAAGACAUGAGAUAUCUGAAAAAACUAAGUCAGUGUCAUAGUGUUGGCUGAGUUCUAGCCGGCAACCCCGCAACAAGGUUAUUGCUAUAAACAUGAUGUGCUUAUUGACAGAUCUAAA